CGUCAUGCUCGCUCCUCCCCGCGCGCGCUCCCGAUCAGCUUCCAGCAGUUCAGUUUCUCGAUCCGGUCGCCGAAAGUCUCCGCGUUUCAUCCGUUUCCCGUCGCUUAAACCCGGCCAGACCGCGCGCAGACGAGCGGAACCGAUGGCUGCGAUGACUUCUGACGGUUCCGAGCAAGAGUCGCCGAACCCGAGCGAACAAAACGGCGACGGGAGCGAGUCGGGCCUGCGCGCCGCCGAUCCGGAACCGGCCGUUAAGAUGGACGCAGCGGAGACCGACGAGAAGCCCAACGAACGCGAGUCUACGGAGCAAAAAACGGAGGAAGCCACGCGGGGAGAUGGCAGCAACGACGAGGACGGCGAGACCGAAGUGGAGCCGGAGAAAGAGCCGCAGAAGAGCCCCGGCGGCGCGGACGGAACGGCGGAGCGGAUGAAGAGAGAACAAAGGGAGGAGGAGAGCGCGUCUUCACCGGCGGAGAAAAACAGCGUUAACGGCGGCGGAAUGAAGAGGCGAGCGAGUCUGGAGAUGAUGAGCUCAUCCUCAGAUGGAGAGCCGCUCAGCCGCAUGGAUUCAGAGGACAGUAUCAGCAGCACCCUCAUGGACAUGGAGAGCAUUGCAUCCAGUGGUCGUUCAACCCCAGCUAUGAUGAACGGGCAUGGCGGGGCAUCUUCUUCUUCCUCCACUAAGGGCUCAUCUUACCCCUGCUGCUGGGAUCAGUGCCACAUGCUGUUCAACACCAGCCCGGACCUGGCUGAACACAUCCGUGGCGUGCACGUGGAUGGACAGCGCGGUGGGGUUUUCGUGUGUCUUUGGAAAGGCUGUAAGGUGUAUAACACACCAUCCACCAGUCAGAGCUGGCUGCAGAGACACAUGCUGUCACACAGUGGAGACAAACCAUUUAAGUGUGUGGUGGGUGGUUGCAAUGCCACCUUCGCCUCCCAGGGGGGGCUAGCGCGCCAUGUACCGACCCACUUCAGCUCCCAGAAUUCCUCCAAACUCUCAAGCCAAACCAAGGUGAAAGAAGAGUCGCCUUCCAAAGCGGGCAUCAACAAACGGAAGAAGCUCAAGUACAAACGGCGGCGGACGUUGCCACGACCUCACGACUUUUUUGACGCUCAGACCAUGGAUGCAAUCCGUCAUCGUGCCAUCUGCCUCAAUCUAGCCACUCAUAUUGAGAGCCAAGGCAAAGGCCACAGUGUUGUGUUUCACAGUACGGUGAUCGCCAGGCGGAAGGAGGAUUCUGGGAAAGUGAAGGUUCUGCUUCAUUGGAUGCCGGAGGACAUACUUCCAGAUGCCUGGGUCAGCGAGAGCGACCGUCCCCAGCUGAAGACCAAAGUGGUCCACCUCUCCCAGCUUCCUCAGGACACGGCGGUUCUGUUGGACCCAAACAUCUACAGGAUGUUUUUCUAGAAGACUGGGUGGGGAGGGCAGCUUCUGUCAGCGCCUGCUGACGUACCCAAACUGAAGUGGACGCGCGGAUCUUUUGAGACGGGACUUCUUUUCCCUCUGCUUUUUUUUUUUCCUCCACUUUCUCCUUUUUUUUUUUUCUUCUUUUUUUUUUUAGUGCUCCGAGUCUGCCAAAGCAUGCAGUGAAUUUUUAAUGUGUGUUUUUAUCCCUUGAAGAGGGAAAAAAAGGCACAAAAUUGUGAACUCUGUCGGUGCUGGACUUUUAACUGUCUGGGAGGAUGUUUUGUACACCGCGGUUUUGAUUUUCCCUGCGUCCUCAGCUCUGCUGAUUAUCUUAUUAUUUUUUUCAUCGAGAAAGUGCCCAUGUAAAUAUUCCAGGAGAAUUGUAAUAUAUUUUUGUACUGUGGAAAUUUUACUGUACUGUAGAUAGAUGUAAUAAGUCACUUGCUGACAGAAAACAUAAUUGUACAGAAUGUGAUGGUUAAUAGUUUUGGAUGAUAUGAAUGCUUCCAUAGACAUUUGUGCGUGUUUUUCCUCCUUUGUUUUUUUUAGAAUGAGAUUAUUAUUAUUUUUUUCCUGAACACGCGCACAGACUCUUAUAACUGCUGCUCCACCUACUGAUGAUGAUGGGAUGUUAUUGUCCUCCGUCUGCGCCAUUUGUGCGUUCUGCUCAAGCCAAGGAGUGUAUAGACAUCUCAAUGUAAUGGUGCUAAAGCUAACACUAGCGUUUAGGCUAAUGCACGUAGAAGAACUAUAGGAUCAAUAAUGAUGGUGCUUCUUAGAUCAUGUACUUAAUAAUAAUCCCUUCUUCCCCAUACUUACAGAUCAUGCUUCUGUCUUUGUAGUAAAGUUGAAAUUAUAUAAAAAUGUUUUUUUUUUUUUUUGGUUUGUUUGUUUGAGUCUUCAGGUUUGCAGCUAACGCUGAUUCUAGCCCAUAUAAACCUUGUGUUUUUCACACAGGACUGUUGUUUAUUAGCAGUGAGGAGGCCAGGGGCAUCUGGGAGUCGUUUUAUUGGGGCAGAUUUGCAAGCGUUGACGCGGAGGCCUUCUGCCAGGACCUUUAGCUCAGCCGCACACAUGCCCUCCCAAUAUGACUUGCUGGUUUAGUCGACACCUGACCUUGUGUUUUUGACUUUAUUCUCUCAUUCUCGCCUAUUGUUGCACUCGGUUUGGGUUUUCAAUCAUGCUAUAUUAGCUCACAUCUUCAUUCAGGGUUUCUGCAGGUCUUAAAAGUUGUCCUUCCACAAAUUAAGGCCUUAAAAUAUGUAUUAUUUAAGGUAUUAGAUAUUUUUGUUUUCCAAUAUGAAUAUCUAAACAUACUUGAGUCACGAUAAAUUUACCUGAGAUGCAAAAUGACAUUAUAAGUCUUAUUUUUGGAGAAAAAGCACAAAAUUAACAGUUUUUGUUUAAAACAACAUCUGCCAAAAAUUGUUUUAAAGUGUCUACUUGAAUGCUUUAACUUUUUUGUGAAAAAAUGACAAAAUAAGGGUGAAAUAAUGUUCCGCCUUACAGAUUUAUAUAUUUAUUCAGCCUAACAGAUAUAUUUAUAUUUUAUUAAUAAAUGAAACGACACACUUAUUCUGACCUGUACUUAUUAAAAUAUAUAAAAGAAAAAGUCAUACUAAAUUUUAUAUUUUAAAUGAUUAAAUACUGACAGAUGGGUAAAACCUAGAGGUUUGAAGGAUCGUGGCAAAAGACUUAAAUUUUCAAUUAAUUCGUUUCAGGGGGCUGAAAUAGUAUUAUAAUGUCAUCUAAUGAUUAUUUUUAUAAAUAAGCCUGACGAGAUUCUAAUGUAUGAAAAAAAUUUAAGCUGCAUGUAUUAAACGCUUUUUCAUCUUUGAUCCAUUUACAUUUAGAGAACAUACUGCGUUCUCUUCAUAUUGUCUUAAUAUCUUAAAGUCUUAAAACCUGCAGAAACCUUGUUAUUAGUGUGGAGUUUAUUAUAAGAGCUACAGUGUUUUGUUUCGUGCACAAGCGCAUUGGAUUCAUGCUGCAUUUUUUGGUGUUCAUGUAACGGUGUCGUAGUCAGCUUUCUCCUUCAAUAUAAUCAAACGUGUAGUUUGUAUUUGGGUCUGUGUUUGACUUUCCAAAUGAGUUUUUAUAGUCUAACCAACGUACCACUGAGUAACAAGCGUGUCUUAAUUGCGAGUAAUACACAACAGCUGCGGUCUGUCAGAGUGCAUACAAUGGGACUGUUUGUCCUAAAGAAACUAUAUAAUCAGAGCUGCACAUGACUCCUGUGCUUUAGUUUAUUUAUUUAUUCUUCAGGAGAAAAUACAGCCUGCCCUAAAUGUGCUAAAGCACCAAGAGAAUAAAGGUGAGAUCUUAAAUAAAUAAAAGAAAUAGUGCUAAAGGGGAAAUGUGUGUAAUGUCUGCACCACUAGUGGUGCAAGUGAAUUUCAAAAAUAAAGAUUCUAGGGUUUUGCUGUA